ACCCACCUUUCACCCCCGUCGAAUAUCCCAAUUCGAGUACAUAGCGCUACUGUACACCGCUUUUGGACUACAAAUUACCACACAUGGAUCAGCAAGGCAAUCCCGGUCCCAUGGGACCUGCGGGCCGUCGCCUGCACAUCGCUCAUCGACGCAGCCCGUCUGAGUUGACGCCCCUGAUGAUGGAACAACUAGCUAUCGCACAGCAGAUCGAAGUCCUCCAACAACAGCAGCAGCAGAUUGCCGCUACCCACCAGCAGUAUGUCAACAUGGGCAUGAUUCAACCUCAGCAGCACCUGCCAGGCGCCAACUUCCCAAUGCAGGGGCAGAUGCCCAACGUCUCCCCACACGCCAACAACUUCCAAUUCCCUCAGCAGAUGCCUCAACAGCAUCUUGCUGUACCAAUGAAUGCCCCCUCACAGCCCUCGGCCCACCGUCGGAACCAGUCUGCUCUCCCAAACGUUGGAAUGGGCCCACCGCCGGCUCCAUCUUCGGGGACUUCUGGAUUUGGAGAAUAUGCCCAGCAAGGCAAUCAGGGUAGGGAGAAUGUCAACCCCCGAGGCCGUGGCGGCGGUGCUGCUGGCGCCGGGCAUGCCCGUCGUCAUUCACUCGCGCUUCCAGAAGCUAAGAAAGCUGCCGAGUUGGCAGAGCAAAAACGAAAGACCUCUGGGUUCCAAUUCCCAAUUCCUGGUGCCGCCCCCUCGAGCUCCAGUUCCAACCGUGAUUCGAGCCCCAGCGGCAACGGCGGGUCUCAAUCCGGGGACCAAAGCACACCUGGCCGUCUGGGUGCUGGUCGUGGUGCACAUGGUCGCAGUCAGAGCAUGGCAGUCGGUGGACGCGGCGGCGGCCCAGCCGGUCGCGGAGGAGGUAACUUCCAAUUCCCUCCCCCGCAGGCGACGGCCGAUGCCGGUGCCGGAGCCGGCAACCACGGCGGCCAGUCGGAUUUCCAACGACGUGGAAGCCAGGGACAUGGCAGGACUGGAUCCAGGAAUUUCGAAGGCAACUGGCGACAGCCCAACAAUAAUAACCAGCAACAGCAGCAGCCUACCCAGGAUCCCCAAUCCCAGAACAUGGGCAAUUUCAACAUGAACCAGACCGCUGGUGCAGCCCCCUUCCAGCCGGGUCAUCGCGCACGAGGGUCUGUCAAUCAGUCGGUCGGCUCCCUAGGUAAUUUCCAGUACCCAGGUCAACCUCAGCUCGUUCAGCUUCCUCAGGGGCAAGUUCUUGUGCAGCCUCAAAUGUUUCCAGGCGGCGGCCAAGGCCUCAACCCACUGCAGAUCGCACAUCUACAGGCUCUCCAAGCUGCUCAGAUGAAUGGUCAAGGAAUGGGAGGACUACAAACCAGCCAACACGCUCAGCCCCAGAUGACGAUGCAGCAACAACAGCAGCAGCGCAAGACUCUUUUCACUCCUUACUUGCCCCAGGCAACCCUUCCCGCACUCCUUGGCGACGGUCAGCUCGUCGCCGGCAUCCUGCGUGUCAACAAGAAGAAUCGGAGUGAUGCCUAUGUUACCACUACCGAUCUCGAUGCAGACAUCUUCAUUUGUGGAAGCAAAGACAGGAACCGUGCGCUAGAAGGUGACCUUGUCGCUGUCGAACUCUUGGACGUUGAUGAAGUAUGGGGUCAGAAGCGAGAGAAGGAAGAAAAGAAGAAGAGGAAGGACAGCUCUGACCCGAGAGGCGGCAGCAUCGCAGUCAAUGAUGCAACCACACAGCCCGAGACUAGCCAGUCAGGCACAGACGGCGGUAUUCGUCGCCGUGGCAGCUUGAGACAGCGCCCGACUCAGAAGAAGAAUGACGACGUGGAGGUUGAGGGACAGAGCCUGCUCCUCAUGGAGGAGGAAGAGAUCAACGAUGAGCAGAAGCCACUCUACGCUGGACACAUUGUUGCUGUCAUCGAGCGCGUCGCGGGCCAAAUGUUUUCUGGAACUCUUGGCCUCCUACGCCCUAGUAGCCAGGCAACGAAGGAAAAGCAAGAGGCUGAGCGUCAAGCUCGUGAGGGCAACUCUGGACGUCACCAGCCAGAACGUCAACAAGACAAGCCAAAGAUCGUCUGGUUCAAGCCAACCGACAAACGCGUUCCUUUGAUCGCUAUUCCAACCGAGCAGGCACCGCGCGACUUUGUAGAAAGGCACCAAGACUACGCCAACCGAAUCUUCGUAGCUUGCAUCAAGCGUUGGCCUAUCACUUCUCUUCAUCCUUUCGGCACCCUCGUCGAGCAACUUGGCGAGAUGGGAGAUCUUAAAGUGGAGACUGAUGCCCUUCUCCGUGACAACAAUUUCGGCCCCGACGAUUUCUCCGAUGCCGUUUUGAAGAAUGUCGGUUUCGAAGAUUGGUCUGUUGCCAACGAUGGAGAGGCUGCUUUGGAGAACCGUCGCGAUUUCCGAGGCGAGAAGACCUUCACCAUUGAUCCUAAUGGCACCAAGGAGCUGGAUGACGCAAUUCACUUCAAGGCUCUCGAGGAUGGCCACGUUGAGAUUGGUAUCCACGUCGCAGAUGUGGCCCACUUCAUCAAGGCCAACUCGCUUGUGGACCGCGAGGCAAAGAAACGAGGUACGGCUGUGUACCUCAUGAACCGCACCGUCAACAUGCUCCCCUCCCGUUUGUCGUCGGACAUCUGCUGCCUGAACCCUGGAGAGGAUCGUUACACCGUCAGUGUCAUCUUCAAAGUUGACCCGGAAUCUGGUCUCGUUCUCGAGGACGACACUUGGGUCGGCAAAUCAGUUAUCAAGAGCUCUGGAAAGGUUUCCUACGAAGAGGUCGACUCCGUCAUCAGUGGUCGCGGAGAUGCCGAGUUCAGCAACGAGAUCAAGAUGCUCCGUCACAUCACACAACGUUUCCGCCAGGCGAGAUUUGGAGACCGGUCGACUGAUAUCCCGCCUCUUCGUCUGAUGUAUCAGCUUGAUGACGAGAACGUGCCCGUAGAGGAGAACAUUUUCGAUUCGACCCCCGCACAUGAACUUAUCGAGGAGCUCAGCCAUAAGACGAAUGCAUUCGUGGCCAAGAAGAUCCUUGCCGGGCUUCCGGAGAAGGCCCUGCUCAGACGCCAUCCCUCGCCGAAUCCCCGUCGUCUCGAAACCAUUGCUGACAGAAUGAACGCUAUUGGCUACGACAUCGACACUACCAGCAGCGGCACCUUGCAGAAUAGCUUGUUCAAGGUUGACGACGACGACAUCCGAAAGGGCAUGGAAACCCUCAUGAUUAAAUCUAUGCAGCGUGCCAAGUACAGCGUGGCCGGCAAGGUGCCAGAAGAUCAGCACCCGCAUUACGCCCUAAACUUGCCCGUCUACACGCAUUUCACCAACCCGUCUCGAAGGUAUGCAGACAUCGUUGUUCACCGUCAGCUCGAGGCCGUUUUGUCCAACGGCGCCAUCGAAUUCGCGGACGACAUUGAAGCUCUUGUCAAGAUGGCCGAAAUGUGCAACACAAAGAAGGACUCAGCUCAUGCCGCACAAGAGCAGAGCGUGCAUAUUGAAUCCUGCAGAAAGAUGGACAAGAAACGCCUGGACUUGGGCGGCGAUCUCAUCAGCGAAGGCAUCAUCCUCUGCGUUUACGAAUCAGCCUUCGAUGUCCUCAUUCCAGAAUAUGGAUUCGAAAAGCGCGUGCACUGCGAUCAACUGCCACUGAAGAAGGCCGAAUUCGAUAAGAACAAAAGGCUGCUCGAGCUCUACUGGGAAAAGGGUGUUCCCUCAUCCACCUACAUCCCCGAGGAUGAGCGUCCGAAACACGGCUCUCUGCGUGCUGCCAACGCUGCUGCCGCUGCUCGUGACGCAGAGGUUGCCAAGCAACGCGCUAAAGAACUCGAAGAAGCCCAGCGCAAGAAGAUGGAUACUGGUACCAUUUCCACGGACGACGUCGACGCUCUCUUCGAUGAUGACGAGGACGAUAUGGAAGACCUGGCUGGCAUGACGGCGGGUGUUUCCCUCAACCCAGCCGGUGCUGACCGACCGACUCAAAGCAUGCCACCUUCGCCGACGAGGAAUGGUCUAUCUUCCAGCCAAACACCCCACCGGGUCAAAUCGGAUUCGAAACUUAAUCAGACUGCCAGCGAGGUGCCCGAGGCGAAGUUGACAAACAAGGAAAAGUAUCUCAAGUGGUUCACGCUGAGAGAGGAGAACGGAGACUACAUCCAGGAUGUGCGAGAGAUGACCCGAGUGCCCGUGAUCUUGAAAACAGAUCUGACAAAGAGCCCACCGUGUCUGACGAUCCGCUCUCUGAACCCCUAUGCUUUGUGAGCGAUCAACCGACUGCUUCAU